AUGGGAGACCCGGGUUCGCUCGAUCAAUUAGAAUAUUGCUCUAGGAGUUUUGGUCUGAGUGUUUUUGUACUUGUGUCCAUUUUCUUUCGCGUAACUGGGGGGGUCUUUAAUCCAGCGAUUUCACUCGCUCUGUGGGUGUUGGGCACGAUGAAAUUCUGGCGCUUCUUGCUUUACUGCAUUGCUCAGCUGGUAGGGGCCAUAGUUGCGGCUGCUCUGUUAAAAGCAUUCUUUCCUGGAUCAACCAAUGUCCAGACGGCACUCGCGCCUGGCUACGGAUAUGCGCGGGGUCUAUUCCUAGAGAUCGUUUUGACGGCUUGCCUAGUUCUGGCCGUUCUGGUCUUGGCUACGGACAAGAGAGCUCUGUCAGGGAAGACCAUAGCACCGAUUGGCAUUGCCGCAACGUUGUACAUUGCCCACAUUGUGAGCAUAAACUAUACCGGCACUGGAUUAAAUCCUGCUCGCUCUUUUGGCCCCGCUGUCGUAGAGGGAUUCAGACACGAUCAUUGGGUUUUUUGGAUUGGCCCCAUCAUUGGCUCUCUUGCAGCGGCAUCAUUCUACAGCUACCUGCAGUAUUCGAAGUAUUGGACUCUUGGCAACUGUGAGGAUGACGCUCAUGGACCUAUUCUCCCCCUGUCCGAGAGAGAACCCAUAGCAUUGGCUUCUGGAAUCGUUGUACGUGGAAGGGAAGUGAUCGGGAUUCCCCAUGGAAGUAAUGGACCAAAUAAGGGCCCAGAAGGGUCAAGCACUACUUCUGCGGUCGAAGGGCCAGCAGUGUCCUUCACAACAGGAGAGACGGCGGUAUAA